GGGGUGUAUGCACCUCCACCUGCAUCUCGGGACCACUGUUGGAAUACACACCAACAAAGUGGGGACUUUUGAACAAGUGGGGACCGAAAACCCGGUCCCCACAUUUUUAUUUCAGAAUUGAGCUCUAAAGAGGGCGAUAUGCUCCCUGUACCAGAAUAAGGUCGGUCCUCAGAUUGAGGUGUUUAACCAUACGUUGUUUGUUUGGUCCCGAAAAGGAGGUGUGUUUUCUGUCAAAAUUGUUUCUUUCAAUAAAGAACAUAAAGUUAGAGCGCCCUCUUGUGGUUGGGGAUUGCCUGUGCACAUGCAAGGCCUUGUAUAGUGCCUGCAGUUUAGCUGUCCUGCAAACACUUUGAUGCGUUCGGCACUUACAGCCGUAGUCAUGCCCACACUGUGUGUUGGCUGAGUUCAUCAACUGGCGCUGAAUAUCUACUUAAUUUAGAGGUAAGUGAAUAUAUCAUUGUGUAAUUAUUCGGAAAUGAGUUUGAAAAGGUUUCAAGACUGGAAAAUCAGAACAUUCAGAGCAAAGUCAUGGUAGGCCUACUUAAAUGUAAGUUGUAAACCGUAGCUGAAAAUAUAUUUAUUUGAGGGUUUCUGUUAUUUUGUACUUUUAGCGGGGGUGGUUUUUUAAAGUUUUUUCUGUGCAAAUGAUCAAAAAGGACGUAUGUUAUCAGUAAUAAAGGGCGUCUGGGUUGACUUUCAAAUUAGGCCUAGGGCCUAUCUCAAUAAUGCAUGAUAUUGUGUAAUGUCAAUGCAGGCCUGGAGUUCAUUUACCAGUGGAAAGAAAUUACAGAAAGGACAAUUCAAGCUUAGGUGGCAGUGCAUUUAAAUCUUUUGAAUUAAUUGUUUUAUUGUCUGGGUAAUGUGGACAUGAAACCACUCUGUGAUUCUGCAGAAAACCUUAAUAUUGGGCUAAGUUUUGUUACUGUUAGCCUGUUAUUUUUAAUCUUCAUUUUGAAGUUGAUCAGUUUUAUCUCUGCAUGUGAUGUCAUCUGCAAUGAGAUCAUUAGAAACUGUUUUCUUAAACUAUGAGGUUGGUGAUAAUUAUUUGCAUUUUGAGCAAAGCGUAGAGGGAAGUAAACCAGUAUAAUCCAUAAAAUUAAACAUCCAUCAUCCAAGUGAGAUUUUUUAGGGUUCCAGAUGGUUCUUAUUUGGUGUUCACGUUCCGCAGAAUCUCUAAAAUUACAGAAAGUACAGGGCUUUUUCAUAACAGAUUUAGUCCUUUUAGUAAGCAAUAUUGUUAGAACAGAUAGAAUAGAAUGAUCCUUUACCAACAAUGCACAAUCUGGAAGAGUUUACCAAAUUUGGCUAAUAAUUUGUUGUUUUGCCUUUUUGCACUAGUUUAUUUCAUUCUGAUAAUGUUAACUGGCCAUCCUUCUUGCAUGCCAAUGAUUCAUCAAAGAAACAGUAAUAUGUUAAAUAAUUCACACAAGGAACCUGACUGUGAUUAUUCCUUUCGUUUUUUCCUGUUCUCAACAUUGUUAUAAGCCAUUAAUAUAUCUAAAUUAUCGCACUUGCUUGCUUGUCACUAACUCAUAAAGCUAAUGACAGCUGAUACAUUUUUAGCAAAGCAGAAAAAGAAACAAACCUGGAUAAGUCUAUAAAGGUAUAUUUUAAUUUUUGUGGGGGGGGUGUGAGAUUUCAAUUUGUGUCUAGACCCUCUGAAUCAUUACAAUUACAUAAUAUAUAUACUGUGGAAAGCUGUUUCUUAGCAGAUCUGGUGCUUUUUUACUUUUAAGUUUACAAAGCAAGGGACCUUUCAUACUAUGCAUAUCCCUCACAUUUGGGAAUACCAAUUUCAACUUAGCCAAAAAAGUCAGACCUGACAUAUGGAUCUAUAUCCCUUUACAAGAAUGUGACCCUCAUUAAUAUUACUGAAAACGGUAUUUGUACACUGAGGGAAAAACUUUCUUUCGGAUUGAAAGAUUUUGGCAAUCCACUUGACCGUAAAUCCUUUUUAAAUCACCAGGGUGACACCCAUGCAAGAAACUCUUAAAGGUCUUUUGCUACUUAUCAGAUUUAUAAAGAAACCCAAAACCAAGUCGGUUUAAGUGUUAAUGCAAGCAUCCACAAAUUAAGAAGGGUAAGGGGUAACUUAGAAAAGUAUUUUUGUGAAAGAAAAAAGUUGGAGGGACAAGGUGUAGUGAUGUUUUUGAAACCAUUUUUUACAUAUAUAUUGGUGAUGUACUUGAAGGGAAUAACUUAACCCUGAAGUGCCUGAUAUUUUUUACAAGGGACAAAAGGUCAACUUGUUUCAGUUCAGGUCAGGGUAAGGGUAAAGGUUUACACUGAAGGAUUUGACAUCUGGAACUUUAAGGACAAGGACAGUUAAGGUUUAUGACUUUGCUCUUGUGAUGUGCCAGGGGAAGGUUUGAGAUGUGGAAGGUACACCACAUGCAGAAAGCAUGGGAAGAAACAAAUCAGGCUUACUCUAUAAAACAUCAAAUUCCACUGAAUGAAUUUUGUUGUUGUAGCAAGAUGUUUACUAUUAGGUGUCUAUUUCCCCCUCUAAAAUUUAAAAAAAAAAGUUCAGAGCCUUUUCACAGAUGUGGUGCUUUUUACUUUUCGUUUUACAAAAUGAAACAAAACUGUGCAUAUCCCUUCAAUUUGGUUAAAUCAUGCAUUAUUAACAAUAAGCCGCUGAUAUAGCUAAGAAAUUGUAGGCCUAGUACAGUGUACUUGCAACAACACACCAAGUCCAUGGUUUAUUGCUCCCAAGAUACCAACUGGCAGUGCCCUCUUGGCCCUGAAGGCCAGGCUCUACAUAUGGAUACACAUGGAGACCUGUUAGCAAGAAUGUGACCUUCAUUAAAUAUUACUGAAAAGGGUUCUCAGUGGGGACAAGGCCUUUUAGAGAGAAACUACUCCGAAAUUAUAUUUUAAAAGUUUUAAAAGAAAUAGGGGAUUACAGAAACUUCCCUCGAAUUUUCUGGUCUUUGAUUUUGUUUAUCGAGUGGAUUUUCACUUAAAUGGAGUGAAGUUGAAAAGAAAUGAGUGUGCACUAAACCUUUCUGUGAAGUUCGUAUUCUUUAUUAUUUUUAUUUUCAUAUUACAGGAUGUCUCGUUUAAGAAAAUCAAGGAUGACCCCAUCUCAGCAGGCAUGUGAAGCCUGUAGAAAAAAGGAAGACAGUGAUGGUUUCGAAGUGCGAUACAUCGACGAUUACAUAGGACAUGGAACGUUUGUGACAAAGGACUUUGCCAAGGGUGACUUUCUCCUACAGUACCGAGGAGAAGUGAUUUCCCAAUCUGAAGGGGAAAGUCGCCAAGAGAGCUACCCAGUUGAAAAAGGGAGCUUCCUUUACUUUUUUCAGGAUAAAGGAAAUUCACUCUGCGUUGAUGGCACCAAUUCAGAUGGUGCCUGUCGAAUGGUAAAUGAUGCCCCCUUGAAAAAGUCCAACUCCCAAAUGAAGGUGAUUUCUGUGGACGGUACACCAUGUCUUUGCCUGUUCGCUCGCGAGGAUAUAGCAGCAGGACAAGAGCUAAGGUAUGACUACGGUGACGAAAGUGUCCCCUGGCGACAAAAGAACAUUGAUCAUCAGUCCUUUGAUCAUGAGUUUCCCGAGAGAUGGGCAUCACAGCUCCAGCAACUGAAAACCAGUGCGAAACAAAAACAUGUUGGACAGGUAGCAUUCAGCAGGCAGUUGGCUAUUGCAGAGGGUUGUAAUGGUUCAAAAAUCUACCUUGGCUUCUUUGGUGAGAAACAGCUACCAGUGGCGGUAAAACGUGUCAAUAGUGAUCACGUAGGAAAAGAAGUUGAAAUACUUCAAAGUCUUCAAGGAAAGCAUUUGACAAAUGUCUUGCAAACCUUCUGUGUUGAGCAUGAUGAAGAUUUUACCUAUCUUGCAUCUGAGUUGUGUGAAAUGAAUAUACAAGAGGUUGUUGAAGCGACGCUUCCUUUUGCCGACAAGCACCGCACAGACGAGGGCCGGAAGAAACUAUGCCUUGGGUUUUUAAACGGCCUCCAGGAAUUACACAGCCUUGGCAUAGUUCACCGUGACAUCAAGCCUGCUAAUGCUUUGAUCGACACCAAGGGUGAUGUUAAAAUUGCUGACUUUGGUGUGUCUCGCCGGAUGAUGGGUCAAACAACUCUAUUUACCCAAUCCAUUGGGACAAUCUGCUGGAUGGCCAUUGAAAGCCUUCAGGGAGAAAUGGUGAAAUAUAAGAAGUCUUCAGAUAUACAGAUGACUGGCUGCCUUGUAUAUUACAUUCUGAGUGAUGGACACAUCCCGCAUGAGACAGCAAUUCCCUACACAAAAGAGCCAGAGGGUGUGGUCCGUAAUCUCAAAGCAGGAACCUUUCACUUGGAACAUCUUGGGAGCUUCUUGUAUAUGCAGCCCCUUAUCAGGGAAAUGGUGUCCUCAGAGGAGAAGGAUAGGCCCUCCAUAGAAUUCUGCUUAGAGAAGUUUCAAGACCUGUCAAAGCAAACUCUGCAGGUCUCAUCAACAAAGGGAACGUCAUUGGUUGCAUCGCUAUUAACUUCAAAGGAACAGAGAAAAGUUAAACAACUUGCAAGGGAGACCGCCUGUGCAUAUACACGUGAUUUUGACAGUUUCACCACUCACGUCGUCAUUCCCACUGAUGACAACCAGCUUGCCAAAGAAAGAUCUUUAAAGUUUCUUCAGGGAAUUGCUGCCAGAGUUUGGAUCAUCAGCUUCAAAUGGAUAACAGAAUCUUUAGAAAGAGGCCAGAUGCUUCCAGAAAAAGAUUUUGAAGUAAAAGGAGAUACGGUGAUGGGAAAAACACAUGGUCCAGAACGAGCUAGACUUUGGCAAGCAGAGGCACUCCUUCAUACUCAUGUUGCAUAUGUCCUUGGUGCAUCAGCAAAGCUUCCUAAAGACUGCGUCCUGACGCUUCUUAAAAUGUGUGGGGCGACAACAGUGGACUCAUCUUCAAAACUUACUUCUGUGUCACAAAAUCUCAUUCGGGUCGUCAUUGAUUGUGUACAUGAUACUGACUAUCCUUUUGACAGUGCCAUCAAAGAUCUAAGUACAAAAUAUGAAGUGCCCAUUGUCACCAAGGAGUGGCUUUUGGACAGCAUUGGCUCAUACACAAUCCAACCCUUCCAGAAAUAUCAAUUAGAGGAUGAGAUCUCUGGUGAGCAAAGUUCUGCCAAAGGCAAUACAGCCUCCUUUGGAAGGACGUCAACGCUAGAAGAACUAGACCUUUCUGAAAAGGAAGCUUACUCAGAAAACCUUGGAAUUGACUGUGAAAUAUCUGUGAGUGGAUCUGACAUGAUCAGUAGCCAAGCGUCUGACAAAGUAGGAGCUUCUUCAGACAUAUGUAGUGACUCUGAAAGUGAGUAUGAGCCAUCUGGAACCAGCUCUGACGAAAGUGAAGAAUCUUGCCCACAGUCUCCAAAGCGCAUUUGCAAACGAGAGGAAGAAGGUGUCACUCUUUCCUCGGAAAGGGGAACCCAGGAAAUGGGAGGUGAUCAUGUGCGUUAUUGGAAAAGGAAUCCACCUCACCAGAAUCGUGGCUGUGACAGUGCAGGAGAGGAAACUGUUCCAGCUUCUAACAUAGUCAGCACAGACCAUGCAGACAAGGAGUCGAACGGAAGCGUUUGUAUUAGAUGUAACUACAACAAAGUAUACAUACUGCCUUUACUGUGGUACCAAACAAAGAAAAAUCUCGCGCCACUGUAAAAGAGUCCAUUCAGGGG